CGUUUGGAGCAAGGGAGAGCUUUGGCGCAUUCCAUCGCGGCGCGACGAGCAAUCGCAUCCCUGAUCGAUCAUCCUAGGAGGCGGCGCUAGGAUCGGGAGUUAGGGUAGAUUAGGGCCGGCAUUUCUCCCGGAGGAAUGAAGCGCGGCAACAGCCACAGCAGAGCGAGUUUCAGAGUAGCGUGGGACGAGAACAAUCUCGACUAUCUGGAGACGCACAAGACGCCCAAGCAGAAGAUCGACGAGCCAAAGACGCCAUUCCACGCGCCUGGAGAUUUGUCGCCGAUUCCCGACGACUCCAAGACGUCCGUGGAUCCCAAUGUCCUCCGCCACGCUCUCGAGAACGUCGCCUCCUCCAGCAGCGAUCACGGAUCUAGCAGCAGUGCUAGCAACGGGAAAUCGAGGCGCAAGAGUUUUGAGGAUGUCCGGCGCGAGCACUACUCCGAGUUUAAGACGUCCAAGAUGCUACUCCAGAAUGUGAAGGAUGAGGAGGAUUUGGAUCUGGACAGGAACCAAUUGGCCGGCGGUGUUAGCGGGAUUAGAAUCGAGGAGAAUAGCCAGGGAUCAUCCAAGUCGAGCUGAGAAGAGCAAGCGAUCUUCUCUUUCUCUCUGGGAAGAACACACAGGGACAGGGAAGGAUCCUCUCAUCGGUUUUUCUGCCUCUCUUCUUUCGCUACAUCAUUGAGGGGCCGGGGACCUGGCCAUUUCAUUGGUUUGGCCGGGCAGGGGAUUGGGCCACGUGUCCUGUGGCCGGAGACGUGGCAGUUUGAUUGGUUUGGCCGGGGGUUGGGCCACGUGGCAGAACCCUAUUUCUAAGCGAUGGUGAAGCUAGCAGCCCGUGUGAUUUCUUCGCUGUUCUCGCGGGCUACUAGUGGGAGAUGGAGGCUCAGUGCAAGUGUUGGGCGCUACUAUCUCAUGGAGAGGACGAGUCGGGGCUGGAAUUCCACCGGGAGCUCUCGCUUGGCGGAGGCGAGAGGAUUUCACUCGGCCGGGGCAUGGUGUGGAGCUCAAGAGGGCUCGAAUGGCACUGCCACAGUCGACUAUAGCUCUCAAUUGCCCGAGAAAGAGUUCCACAGUGUUGCAAACGAGACGCUCCACCGUUUGCAAGAGAAGAUCGACGAAUACGGGGAGAAGCUCGCGAUUGAUGGCUUCGACACUGACUUCGCUGAGGGAGUUCUCACUGUUCGUCUGGGUGAUCUGGGAACUUAUGUUAUCAACAAGCAAACUCCAAACCGGCAAAUCUGGCUCUCAUCUCCUGUGAGUGGCCCGGCGAGAUUCGACUGGCAGGAUUUACAGUGGGUCUAUCGACGCACGAAAGUGGAGCUCCAAAGCUUGCUAGAAAAGGAAUUGAGUGAACUCUUGGGACACUCCAUCGAUCUGGGAGAAUGAAAAGCUCCUUUAAGCCCUAA